AUGGAGGAUAGUGGUACAUCAAGGGAGAAUCUUACAUGGACUGAAGCACAAAUGGACUACUUAGUCCAGCUUCUUUUGGAGCAAUCACGCAUUCCUGGUAUGAAGUCGGGUGGAGGUUUGAAGGCAAAAGCAUACACAUCAAUAGAAAGAAGCAUGAUAGACCGCUUCGGAAGGGACUUCACUAAGGACAAAAUAAAAAAUAAACUGAAAUAUGCAAAACCAAACUUGACAGUGUUGAAGGAAAUGAUGAACACAAGCGGGUUUGGAUAUGACCCUACUAACAAAUGCAUUGAAGUUGACCCCCAGGUUUGGAGUGAGUACAUUGAGAAAUACCCAAAUAGAAAAAAGUACAAAGGACCAAAGUUUUGGAGGUACUAUGAUGAGUUUCUUGAGAUAUUUGGUGAUUCUCACGCAACUGGGAACACAGCAGACACGUGCAACAGCAUGUUAUUAGAGGAUAUUAUUGAACCAUUCCCAACAACACCUGCUUCCCAAUCGACUCCAUUUCACAUGGAACCUAAAAAUACACAAUCAUUCACAUAG